UCAGGGCCUGGCGGGGGCAGCAGCCUUGCAGCUCGGUGACUGCUCCCCCGAGGGGAGGCGGCAUAGGACGCUCCUGCAGUUCGGUCCCAGAGUGGAGGGGAAGGUCUGGAAGCCUGUGGAGUCUAGGAAGGACCGCGGGAGGCGUGUUCCUCCGGAGUUUGCUUUUGCUUGGAAGACGCGAGCGGAGCGCACACCCAUUCCUCUGGCCGGGCGACUGUGCCGGGGAGGUGGGGAGCCAUUCUGAUUCACUGAAUCGUCUCCGGAGGUUGCAGGCUGGGCGAGAUCUCCCCCAGAGGUCCCGGGCCCUGCCGAGGGAGUUUCCCCGAAGUCGGCGCAGUGCUGCAGCCGCGGCCACCCGCCACCCCGCGCGCCACCUUCCCUCGCUCCCGCUCCGUCUGGCCCAGGCGCGAACCUGGCACUGUCUGCGUCUGAGGAACCCCCAGGUGAAAGAAAGGUGUAAAAAACGACAGAAGACAUUUCUUCAAAUCCACAUUAUGAUGGAUACUUUUUGCCUCAGGGCAUCCUUUUGGCUGGCCCUGGUGGGAGGAGCAAUCAGUGACAACCCUGAGAGAUACAGCACUAAUCUAACCAGUCUUGUGGAAGAUUUCACCCCUUACCCGGGGACAGAGUUCAACUUCCUGGGUACCACUCAUCCACCUACUAAUUUGGCCCUGCCUAGCAAUGGCUCAAUGCACAGCUAUUGCCCACAGCAGACUAAAAUCACAUCAGCUUUCAAAUACAUUAACACUGUGAUAUCCUGCACCAUCUUCAUCGUGGGAAUGGUGGGGAACGCAACUCUGCUUAGGAUCAUUUACCAGAACAAGUGUAUGAGGAAUGGCCCCAACGCUCUCAUAGCCAGCCUGGCCCUGGGAGACCUUAUCUAUGUGGUCAUUGAUCUCCCCAUCAAUGUGUUUAAGCUGUUGGCGGGGCGCUGGCCUUUUGACCACAACGAUUUUGGAGUGUUUCUCUGCAAGCUGUUCCCCUUUUUACAGAAAUCCUCCGUGGGCAUCACCGUCUUGAAUCUCUGCGCUCUCAGUGUCGACAGGUAUAGAGCUGUGGCCUCAUGGAGUCGUGUUCAAGGAAUUGGGAUCCCCUUGAUUACCGCCAUUGAAAUUGUCUCCAUCUGGAUCCUCUCCUUUAUCUUGGCCGUCCCAGAAGCGAUCGGCUUCGUCAUGGUACCCUUCGAAUACAGGGGUGAGCAGCACAGAACCUGCAUGCUCAACGCCACGACCAAGUUCAUGGAGUUUUACCAGGGUGUGAAGGACUGGUGGUUGUUCGGGUUCUACUUCUGCAUGCCGUUGGUGUGCACGGCCAUCUUCUACACCCUCAUGACCUGUGAGAUGCUGAACAGGAGGAACGGCAGCUUGCGGAUUGCCCUCAGUGAACACCUCAAACAGCGUCGAGAAGUGGCGAAGACCGUGUUCUGUCUGGUCGUCAUCUUUGCCCUCUGCUGGUUCCCUCUUCACCUAAGCCGCAUUUUGAAGAAGACUGUGUAUGAUGAGAUGGAUAAGAACCGAUGUGAACUGCUCAGCUUCUUGUUGCUCAUGGAUUACAUCGGUAUCAACUUGGCAACCAUGAAUUCUUGCAUAAACCCAAUAGCUCUAUAUUUUGUGAGCAAGAAAUUCAAAAAUUGUUUCCAGUCAUGCCUCUGUUGCUGCUGUCACCAGUCCAAAAGCCUCAUGACCUCGGUCCCUAUGAAUGGAACAAGUGUCCAGUGGAAGAACCAUGACCAGAACAACCACAACACAGAACGGAGCAGCCACAAGGACAGCAUGAACUAACCCUCUGCAGAAACACCAAUCACUGAGUCUUCAAGUCCUAGUGGAGGAGAUAGUCACACAGCAGCGGUCCCCCAAACCUCCCAAAUUCUCUCCCCUGGUCCUCUAACCCAUCCCAAGAAAAGAAAAUCUCUCCUGUCCUCCCAACAGCAUGUGGUGGAGUGCCUUCCAACCACAGUCAGUGGGUCUUUCCUAAGUACUUUAUAUGAUUUGCAUUUUUUGCAUGUCAUAUCCAACACUUGAAAAUUAUGACAGCUGAGGGAGAAAGGGGAUUGUUGAAGGAAACCACACUGUAUCUGCAAGCUUUGCAUGAACACAGAGUUUGCAAGCUCAUAACCAGCGUUCAUGCAGGUCUGUGGAAUAGCCACUGAGAAUGCUCAUCACAGGACUCUACAGCAAGGGUUCUCAACCUUCCUAACACUGUGACCCUUUAACACAGAUCUUCAUGUGGUGGUGACCCUCAACCAUAAAAUCAUUUUUGUUGCUACUUCAUAACUGUAACUUUGCUACUGUUAUGAAUCAUAACGUAAAUAUCUGAUAUUUCUGAUGAUCUUUGGUGACCCCUCUGAAAGGGUCAUUCAACCCCCAAAGGUUGAGAACCACUGAUCUAGAGGUUAUGCUGGGUUUACUGGCACACGCCUAUAACCCUAGAAUUGAAGAAGUGAGGUAAAGGUGAUCAGGAGUUCGAGGUUAGCCUCAUCUGCAUGGUUCAGAAAAGCCUGGGCUAUAGGAGAUUCUGUCUCAGAAACACAAACAGAUAAAAAGAGUUUAGAGAGUGUGACAAGAUUCUUUAGCCAAACACACUGUGAGGUUAAAGUAGUCUUUUGGAAAUGUCAUCCAGAGUUAGUAUUUUAUAACUGCAUGAUACCAUAGAAAUGAUUGUUCUAUCUUAUUUACAUAUACUAAGAAGAGGAGGAGAGGAGGCAUCAGACGAGCAUCACAGUUUUAUUUGUAAAACAUGAAUUCUAGAACUGCCACAAAUACAGCCAGACUGGUGACCGCCAGAGCAGUUUAACAGCUACUGGCCAAGGAAUUCCUAAGAAUCUGUAUUUUCUUUCCUUCCUUCCUUUUUGUUUAACUAUGUUUUUAUUAGAGCAUAUUUGGAUCUUGUUUUUUUAAUUUUGAGACAGGUUUUGCUAUGUAAGCCAAGAUAGCCUGAACUAACAGAGAUCCACCUGCUUCUGCCUCCCAAGGCCUGGGAUUAAGGGACUGCACCACCACAUCUGGCUUGAGCAUAUUUUUAAAUUAAAUUUAAAAAGUAAUACUUGAGCUGGGUGAGAUGGCACAUGCCACAUGCUUAAUGCUCUUAUCACAUGGGAGGCUGCAGUGGGAUAACUGUGAGUGGGAAACUGUCUGCAGUGAGGAGAAGGAUUCCACCUCACAAUAAUAAUGAUUAAUAAUAAUACUGACAUCCAAUGGUUCUAUUUUUCAUAAACCAUCUUUUAAUGUGAAACCAUGUCCUAAGGCUUCAAUGAGUCACUGAAGGAUGCCUGAGACUCCCGGGUGCCAUGCAUACCUAAGAGGGAAAUGCUGAAUAUUUUUUGAGGACCUGAAAUUUUCUUUAAGUUCUGUAAUAGUAGCACAUAUAUAAUACCUAGUCCCUUUCGUGCUCUCAGUUUCUUCUACAGUGAUGACUGGCUGCAGGGCUUUCCUGCUCAUUCCUUUUUCCAGACAGGAAACCAUUUCAAACGCGGCCGAAUGAGCUGACUGUGUCGGGUGAAAUGUAGUUAUACCUGCAAGAACCUUUAACUCUUUGCUCCUCCCUGAUAGGAACCUAAAUCUCCAUCCUGUCUCCGGGUUCCCAGUGGUCACCAUUUCAAAGGGCCCACAGUAACUCUACUGGGCAUUUUCCCGGGUGUUUACAGACUGUGAGCAUGACAAAUGUCUUUUAUUUUGUGUGUAUAUAAAUAUAUAAAUAAUUGUAAAUUUCUUUUAG